AGAACCCGAGUGAGUGUUCGCGUGUGGUGGGGUGAUGUGAGUGCGCUGCCGUGAAUUACGUGAUUUCACGAUGUCAAAGGACUGCGUUGAGGUGGUGGGCUCGCCCUGCGGCCAGCACGGCUCCUACGUCUUCCACAAGGCGUUCAGCUUCGUCAGCGGCGGCCGGCGCCACGUGCUGGCGCUGGGCGAGUUUUUCUUUGUGAAGCCGUGGCGGGACGAAGAGGUGGUGUGCAUCUGCGAGCUGCAGCUGCUGUACCAGGACAGCAGCGACGGCGACCUGCUGGCCUGCGUGCGCCUCUACCUGCUGCCGGAGCACACGCCCGAAGGUCGCCUCGAGUCGCACGGCGAGGAUGAAGUGCUCGCGAUCCAGGACAAGCUCACUCUCCGCCUGGAGGACCUGGCCGCCGUGGUCAUGGCUGGUGACGGCUGGGCGGCCGGUAGGGAGGUGGGCACAGCACACGACCCCUCAGCACCACCGGCAGUGUUCCGGUCCACGUGUACCAACGUACGACUCGACCUGGACGACGUGGCACGCGUCAAACGAGAACUCGAUGAUACCGUGGACGUGAACGAGUCAUGUGCCCUGGUGCUCAGCUAUGACCACUACUGCCGCGUGAGAGCCAUGCUCAAACGGUUGGAGUCGAUCAGUUCGCGGGUGUACGCGCACAACGUCAUCAAAGCACUGGGCGGCUUCCACAUACCCAGUCGGAACACACGCCUGCUCUUCUGCCGACAACUGGUGGAGGUGCCAGACCUGGACGGCCACGAGCUCUUCUGUAAUCACCUCGCUCCAAAACUUCGCGGCCGGACGCGAAAGAAGCCCCGCCAGCGCAGCUCUUCGUCGCCGAGCUCGGAGUCGACCUCUGACACCGAGGUGGGCCGGACCGAGACGGAAUCAACCCCGGCUGUGGCCCGGCGCGGUACGGGCGGUCUGCUGCACAAGCCUGCUGUACCGGGCCUCACGCCGGCCGCCGCCAGCCGGCCGUUCCACCUGCUGCGCUCCGCCCGCUGGGACCAGCGCACCCUGCUACAGAGGAUGCAGACGUUCAUGACGCAGCGCGGCACGCCACUCACGGUUCCCGCAGCGCUGGAGUUCAAAGAAGAGAACAUUUUCCGGCUGUACCGGCGGGUGCAGGAGAUGGGUGGCUACCAUGCCGUCUGCGGACGCCGACAGUGGCGCCACCUAUUCUCCGAGCUCGGCCUCGAUGCCGGAAAGACCACGGCCGGAGCCUCCCUGCGACGCUGCUACGAAAAGCUGUGCCUGCCGUAUGAGCGGCACGAGCGGGGUCUGCCCGAGUCGGCCACGGCGCCGCCGCCGCCGCUCACCAGCCACCACAAGACGACACCAACGUCGUCAGUGGGCCAGUCGCGCGCGGCGCCGGCCGCCUCGUCCGCCGCCGCUGCGGUGCUCUCCUCGGUGGCGGCCGCCGUCGGGCGCGGCCACAAGCGGGCCUCUCCGGACGCGGCGGAGGUGGCGCUGCUGGCCCAGGCGCGGCCGGCCAUCACCAUCACACCCGUACUGCCGCGGCCGGCGGCCGACCCGGCCGCGCUGGCCGGCUACACGGCCCUGCAGCGGCUCAGCUCGAUGGCCCGACAGACGGAGGCCAAGCGGCCGCGCCUGGAGCCGCCGCCGCCGGCGCACCAGGGCGCGCCGCGCCGCCCGCCGGCCGGCCGGCCGCCGGCGUCCACCGCCGGGCCCGUGGAGGUGAUCGACCUGACGACGGGCGGCGUGCGGCCGCCGGCGCCGCAGCCGCCGCUCUCUGAGCCGUCCCGGAUCGGCUCCAUCACCAUCACACCGGUACAGAAGGUGGGCGCCGCGCCGGCGCCGGCCGCCGCCGCGGGCGCCGGCGGCUCGGUCGAGCACCUGCUGGCCCUGCACAUGGCCUCGGCCGCGCUGCCGCCGCCCAUGCUGCAGUACAUGGGGCUGAUGCAGGCCGGCGGCAAGGAGCGGCUGCAGCGGCUGCAGCAGCAGCUGACGCUGCAGAGUCUAAUGGCGCAGAGACUUGUGCUGAUGCCCGGCGGCCUGCACGGCCUGUCUCCCGAACAGGCUGCCAGCCUGGAGGCCUACCAGCGAGCCAUGAUGCAGGCGGGACUGCGCCGCUCGUGAGGCCGAGCGCCUGUGGAUGGGACGAGGGACCGUCCAGAGGUCCAGUAACUCGCUGAAGGGGACACGAUGGACUCGUGUGCCGCGCUGCCACCGUGUUUGAUAUCAUUUUUUGUGGCUGAGGUGUCGCUGACUGGGAGGGAGUGUGGAUUUUUGUAACGGAGUUCGGGUACCGAGUGAAGGAGUGACCAAGGCACGGAGUGAGGGGCGGACGUGCGCCGCGGGAUGGCGCUGUGAGCGAGGGUCCUGGGGGCGUCAAACGGCGCCGGGGACUGGCCCGGCGCACGGAGGGUGUGCUGUGUGAAUAUGUGUGCGUGUACAGUGUAUCAUCUGAGCAGCGGGAGCGGGGCGUUUGACGGACGGGGAACCGAGGGCCGCGAGCAUGUGAGAUCGCCGAGCGAGAGGAGUACAAACGGAGUUCCGUGGCGCGCCGGCCCUUACCGCCGCGCCUGGGGCCGAACUGCCGCCGUGCGGGGCUCCGAGCGCGCGCCGCGGCCCGCCGGCACACGCCACCCCACCAUUGUCGCGCUUACCGUCGGAUUGUGCUCAUCUCGUGUGUCGCGAAAAGACUGUCGACGUGUAUAUUUUUGCCCAUGCUGGCUGCGUUCCGUGGCAUUCUACAGUGUUCCAUUUUUCGCUCAGAUUUGGUUCGUUUGAGGCCUGUGCUAGCGAUGGUUUUACUUUUACGACGAGACCUGAUCUGCAACAGCCCUUUUAGAAUAGCUUUGGAACUUUGCUAGGUCGUUGUGUAGUAAUAUAGCUGUAACGCUUUCUACAUAUGCGAGGGCUUUCCUGAAAUGUUAAUGCAUUUUUCUUUCUUGCUCGCGCAUUAUUUUGUAAAGGCUUUCUGUAGCUCUUCUGUCGUGGCCAUUUUGCACUGUCCAAUUGAAGCAAGCGAUUGUCUUUCAUAUCGUGCUGCAUAACCGAGCAGAUGCUGUACAAAAUAAAACGUUUCAAAUCAG